GAGUUCCUGAGGGAGGGCCCGAGCGGAGAGGGGAAGAGCAGCGGGCAUGGGAAAGUUCUCCCCACUUUUUCCGAUUACGGCGGAUCUUUGUAAAGGAGGCAGCGCACACUUUCAAGCGGCGUAACAUCAGCAGAGCGACUCGGAACCGGCGAGGAGACACAAGCCGCCUUAAGAGAGAGAAAGGAGCAGAGGAUGUCCAGAGCUGACUGGUCCUUCCUGGAACACCUGCUGGAGGAGGGCCAAGAGUACUCAACUGCUAUUGGCCGGAUCUGGCUCACCGUACUCUUCCUGUUUCGCAUUCUGGUACUGGGAACAGCUGCUGAAUCGGCGUGGGAUGACGAGCAAGCCGACUUCGUCUGCAACACGAAGCAGCCCGGCUGCACUUCCGUGUGCUACGACAAAGCCUUCCCCAUAUCCCACUUCCGCUACUUUGUCCUCCAGGUCAUCAUUGUUUCGACUCCUUCCAUCUUCUAUUAUGGAUACGUGGCCAUCAGAGGUGGGAAGGACCCAAAAGCCCAAGAGGGCAAAGGUGAAAGUGGGAGUAAAAAAUGUGAAACUGUGAAAGAAAGGGAGGACGCCAGUGUGACUAAAGAAAUUGCAGAGCAGAAAGAGAAAGAAAACUGUGGUGGGAAAAGGAUAGGGCCUAAAAAGGCAUCUACUGAAGCUCCGAAACUGAAAGGGAGGCUUCUGAGGGCAUAUGCAUUCAGCAUCCUCCUAAAGGUCUUCUUGGAGGCGGGAUUUAUCGCUGGACUUUGGUUCCUUUAUGACGGCUUCUUCAUUGCGGCCAAGUUUGAAUGCACGAGAUUCCCGUGUCCUCAUACGGUGGACUGCUUUGUCUCUCGGCCCACGGAGAAGACCAUCUUCACCGUCUACGCUCAGGUGAUAGCCGGCAUCUCCCUUUUGCUCAACCUGAUUGAACUCAUCCAUCUAUUGAGCCUAGCCUUUUCCUAUCACCUAGAGAAGUGGGAUGAGGAUUGCCUACCUCUAAGAGAGCAGGUACAAGUAACUCCAGCCCUACGAAUGGAGACGCCCCAUGUUUAUAACACCGGCAGGGACAUCAGCAUCCCCACACAGGGUAGGGAGGCAAAAUUACCGGGCAACCCCUGUGAAAGCUACGCUGAAACGGUAAUAGAAGUGAACUGGGAUGCAGGAGAGACCGGGGAUAACUUGCUUCCAAGCUACAUGAACUGCAUGAAAUCCACUGGAAAAGCAAGUUCCAAACGAUGCAGUCAUUCAAAACAUUCAGAUCAAACAGGGACGGAUGUGAAAGGUGCCCAUAAGGGACAUGCAAAAAACCAGAAACAAUAUGUUUGACGGUAGCUUCCUUUGGUUUUUGACGUUUCUGCACAUGACACUUAACAAAUAGGAGUGCACAGUUUGAAGGAAAGCAGUAUAACAACCACUGCACUGUGAACUCCAUGCCUCAGAGGCACAGACAUUUGCAGGUUUUUUCUUUUUUGAUAAACAAAUCUAUUCAAAAUGAAGCAUUUUGAGAACCCUGCCAAUGGCGAAAUAAAAAUGUGACUCCAUAAUGAGAUUUAAGUCAUAAGAUGCCUUCCUGCUAGGUUUAAUAGCAAAGUGAUGUGGAAAAAGCAAGCCGAGGGGUCUGGCAAAGGGAGCUACUAAGUGUUUAUGCAAGGAAAUUUAGAUUUAAACGUACGCUUCUGAGAUUUGCACUGAAACCCCAAGAGUCUCCUGGAACUUUGCUCUCUCCUAAUGGAUUUGUGCUCUCUGUGGAAUGCACUGGUCUCUGGACCCCGCUCGGCUCCCAGAAGGAUAAUUGCGGCGUGGAUGAAGGCACGCACACAAUAUGCUUGUCUCCUUUCGCCCAGUGAGUUCCGGUCAAUCAAAAGUUGGAGAUGUGGCCUUGGAAGGCGAUGUGGGGAGUGGGAAGAGAAGCCAAAAGAUUGGGAUUUGUGGGAUGGAGCAACAGUAACGGUGACCAUAGCAUUUCAGCUAUGAAGAGACUAGAGGAAGUGGCCGCGCUGCGUGCGAUGGCAUUAAUGUGAACCUACAGCUGGAAACUUCAAUAAGCAAUAGCUGCAGAGCCGUCCAAAAAUACACCUCUUUGCAAUUUGUUGUUUAACAACCACAAAUGUCAAUGUUGGGAUUUUAUUGAUUUGACCAACAUAUAGAAAAAAAAAAAAA